CACUCAGUAUUUAAAAAAUCCAUCGCUAUAGUAUUAACUAAAAUUUCAAAAAUGCUACUGAAAUGUUUAAUCAGUUUUUCAAUUAUGAUAAAUUUUUCAAUGAGUAAUAAUUUUGUAGAAACUUGUGGUUGUAAAAAAUUCACAUACAAUCCAUAUCAAGAGCGUGUUAAGUAUCUAGCGAAAUUGCCAAAUUUGAAAAAACUAAAUGAUCUCGCUCUUAUUGGUACUCACUCGUCAUUUUCAUAUACAGUUAAUGAAAAAGGAUUACAAACACAAGAGUUAGAUGUCGGACAGCAAUUAAAAUAUGGAGUACGUGUUUUGGACAUCGGUUUUGGUCGAGAAUCGAAUUUAUUUAAAAUUUACGCUGAUGAUGUUUCAACCGGGUUUGGUUUUCUAAGUGCACUAGUGGAAAUUGAUCUUUUUCUUGAAGAAAAUCCAGGAGAAUUUAUAAUUAUGUUCAUACGUCAAGUGUAUGAUUUGUCAGGCUACAAAACCAAAGGUAACUGCAAAGUUAUUGAUCAUUAUAUUACUAAUACAAUGGUUGGACAUCGUUUAGUCAAAAAUUGGCAACUUAAUGACACUAUUGGAAUGUAUCGUGGUAAAAUAUUGUUAGCCAGUUAUGAUGAUUCGUUUGAGGAAUGUUCUUUCUCUAUUUAUAAACAUUGUUUUAGUCAUUCUGACUUACGUUUGGAUCCUGAUAUUGUAAAUGUACUUGGUGUAAUUGAAAAGAUGAACUAUAUCUCUGAAUUUAUCAAAUAUAAACUUUAUGGACUUUCUCAGUGCUAUAUAAUUGAUAUGAGUUUUGCUUAUGAACGCAAUAAAGAUCGGCGGGUUCUCGCAAAAGAUGGUGGAUAUCUAGACGCUAAUGAUCAAUGUGCUCGACCACUUAAUGAAUGGAUUGUACAUUUGUUUAAAAAUCCACAUCGUAGUUUAAUUAUAGUAACAGCUGAUUUUCCUACUCAAGAAUUAAUAGACAAAAUUAAUGACAGUAAUUUUCCUGAUUCAUCAUGGCGACUAGAAUGACACUAACAUUAAUGUAAUAGUAUAUUGUGUCAUGAGGGAUAAAACAAAACGAUUUCAGACUGUCGUAAAAUCUGCAAAAGAGAGCAUUUUUCUUCCACUAACCGAUGAUCAAGCACAUGAAUUUGCACUACUGCGCAUGCGUAAUAGUGAUUUAAUUGUAGAAAAAUGGUGGUCGGAAAGACCAUUCUCUGAUGGCUUUGAUCUAAAUAAUAACUAUUCAGAUCAGUGUUUUGCAGACUCAACUACAUAUAUAUUAUUUCUAUUUUAAUGUCAAGCUCAUAAAAAAAAUAGUUUUCUGAUCGAUUUUAAGAGCUUGGCAUUAAAAUAAAAAUAACUAGAAAACAAUGCGGAAUUCGAAAAAACUUUAUUUGAAUAACUUCUAGGGGAUAAAAUUGUUUACAAAAAAGCUCCCAUGAUGUUUUGUAAUACGUCUGAUAGUUUUGCCAGAAAAGUAACAAAAUCUCAAAAUUUAAUAUGAAUUCGACUUCAACCUCAAAUAACCUUUGAACAAAUAGAUUUAUCAAAAAAUGAUAAGAAACUUUUUUUGUACAGCAUUCAAUUACCUACAAAAAUGUGCCUGACAAUCAUUCCUAUGACGCAUCGUUAGCUACUUAUAAAAAUCAGAAGACGAAAAAAAAAUUUUUUCCAUGUUAUUCUUAUGGAAAAUAGAAAAGUGCAAUAUGGAACCUCUUAAUGUUAAUAUUAAGAGCUCUAAUUUUCACAGGCGUCUUUUUUUAUCUAAAUGAAACUUUUGAACCUGUUUGCGAAAAAAAAAAAAUUAUUAUUUAUUUUAUUUCAUACUUAUUAUUUUAUACUUUUUAGAAAUAUUGACUGUUUUCAUUUCAACUAAUAUAUAUGGACUUCCAUUGUUAUUGUUAACAAUAUAUCAACAUCAAAAUAUUGUUUCAAGUGAAAAUUAAAAAAAACUAAAAAUUUUUUACAAUCUUUUAUGUUUAAAUUAUUGAGAGUUGGAAGGAUAGAAACAAUAAAAAAAUGUUAAUAUUCAUUUUGGAUUGAGUUUUUAUUCUCUGUACUCUUAAAUUAUUUUAAAACAUCUGUGUACACUAAAAGAAACGAUCACUUAUUGUGAUCUUGCAAUUGCGGGCAUGCUUAAUUUUAAGCACGCAAGUUAUGCCAGAUUGCGUUCCAGGCUCUGUUCCAGGCAACGUUGUCUUCUGGGGUCCAGUUGUUUACGUUGUUACGCAUAACGUCGAGGAAGACACUCUGGGUCAACUGAAAGAUUAUUUUAUAUUUAAUAAUUAAUUUUAUGUAAAAAAAUGAUGAAAUCUAAUGUAAUUAUUAAAUAUAAUUAUUAUAAACUUACAGCCAUA